AUGGCGCCCCUCGACGGGACCAGAUGCAUCACGCGCCGCGACGGAAACUUCCUGUUCACGUCGGAAAGCGUCAACGAAGGCCAUCCAGACAAAGUAUGUGACCAGAUAGCCGACGCCAUCCUCGACGCCUGCCUGGAGCAGGACCCGCAGAGCAAGGUCGCCUGCGAGGUAUGCGCCACGCAGCAGCUGGUCAUGGUCUUCGGCGAGAUCACCACCAACGCAGUGGUCGACUACGAGGCGGUCGUACGCCAGGUGCUCGCCAACGUAGGCUACACGUCGGAUGAAGUUGGUUUUGACGCCUCCACCGUGGAAGUGCUUGUGAAGCUGGCCCAGCAGGCGCCGGAAAUCGCUAAUGCGGUGCACAUGGGACGCCCGCUCGAGGAAACUGCGGCAGGCGACCAGGGGAUCAUGUUCGGAUACGCCUCCGACGAGACCCCGGAGCUCAUGCCGCUGUCGCACGCCCUGGCCACAAAGCUUGGCAAGAGGCUCACGAUGGUGCGCAAGUCAAAUAUCGUACCCUACCUCAGACCGGAUGGGAAGACACAGAUCACCGUGGAGUACCGCGGCGGCACCAACGGGCACCUGGAGCCCGUGCGCGUGCACACCGUUCUCAUCUCAACCCAGCACGACCCUGCAGUAAGUUGGCCCAUAGCCGUCGAUAUAGCGCGGCAGGUGACGCUGGAUCGCCUUCGCAGCGACCUCAUGGAGCAUGUGGUGAGGCCCACCAUCCCCGCCAAGUUCCUCGACAACGAUACGGUCUACCUCCUGAACCCCUCAGGCACCUGGGCCCACGGAGGACCCGCCUGCGACUCGGGGCUCACGGGGCGCAAGAUCGUCGUCGACACCUACGGCGGGUGGGGGGCUCACGGCGGCGGCUGCUUCUCCGGCAAGGAUGCGACCAAGGUGGACCGCUCGGGCGCCUACUACUGCCGUCUGGUCGCGAAAUCGCUCGUGGCAAACGGGUUCUGUAGGCGAGUACUCGUGCAGGUCGCCUACUCCAUAGCGCUGUCUAGUCCGUUAUCGCUGCACAUAAACACCUUUGACACAUGCGCCGACGGAUUCGACGACCGCGACCUCGAGCAGAUAGUCAUGCGCAAUUUCGACUUCAGGGUUGGGUGCAUCAUCAAGCAGCUGGAUCUCACGAGGCCCAUCUUCUCCAGGACCAGCUGCUACGGGCACUUCGGCAGGCACGGCGACGACUACACAUGGGAGCGCUGCAAGGAUCUUUCUCACGAGAAAGCCACGGCGAACCACGUAGCUAAAUAA